UAUGAAAACCCCUGGACGAUCCCAAAUAUACUGUCAAUGGCAAGAAUGGGUUUGGCGCCAGUUUUAGGCUAUUUGAUUGUUGAAGAAAAUUUCGAUGUUGCACUAGGUGUCUUUGUUUUGGCUGGCAUAACGGAUUUGUUGGAUGGAUUUAUUGCACGAAACUGGGCUAAUCAGAAAUCCGCUUUGGGAAGCGCUCUGGAUCCUCUGGCUGAUAAAAUUCUCAUCAGUGUGCUCUACGUCAGCCUAACUUGUGCAAAUCUCAUCCCAGUUUCACUUACUUCCAUGAUUAUCUUGAGGGAUGUAGCGCUCAUUGCUGCUGUUUUUUAUGUGCGAUACAAAACUCUUUCUCCGCCGAGAACACUCAGUAGGUAUUUUAAUCCUUGUUAUGCUACUGCCCAAUUAAAACCAACGUUCAUUAGCAAGAUGAAUACAGCGUUUCAGCUAUUUUUGGUGGCAGCUUCUUUAGCAGCUCCAGUUUUCAAUUAUGUGGACAGCAUAUAUCUGCAGACAUUAUGGUGCAUCACAGCUUUCACAACGGUAACGUCCGCGUACAGCUAUUACCACUAUGGCCGGAAAACGGUUCAGGUGAUAAAUAACAAAUGAAGUAUUCCCAAAAGGGCUGGGUCUUGGCAGCGUGGCGUGCUGGACUGCCGGAGACGGUUGUAAUGCAGCUGAGUUUUGGAUCAAGAACUCUCGUUUGUCUGCUGAAACCGUCGCAUCACAAUGAAGUGAAGUUUGAACAUGUACUGUGUGUAUAUAUGUAGAGACACUUUUCAAUGUAUUUUUAAUUUGUUUAAAAAUGAAGUUGUUUACAAAAACAAAUAAAUAAUAUUCUUAAAGACACAG